GUUCGGGGGUGAGAGCUUUCCCGGGCCCGGGAGCAGCCUCCGGGGAAGGCGGCGGGGGCCCGGCGAGGCGUUAGCGGAGACUCUUGCUGCGGUCUAUCGAGACCUGGGGAGGGAUGGCCCAAAGGAGGGCGGCGGGGGAGGAAGCCCCUGGGUCCCGGAUGUGUUUGGAACGUGAAGCCACUGCGGUUACUGGUCAUUGAACGUAAGGCAGAGACGGAAAAGGCAAAUGUAACUUAGGGGUUUGGGGCCAGAGGAAACGGGAGAAGGUGGCCAUUUAUUGCUUUGCGGUAGACUGUCGGGUCUGGGUGAUGUGGAGAUCAGAGGUGAAAUGACAAUGGAUGCUCUGUUGGCUCGAUUGAAACUUCUGAAUCCAGAUGACCUUAGAGAAGAAAUCGUCAAAGCUGGAUUGAAAUGUGGACCCAUUACAUCAACUACAAGGUUCAUUUUUGAGAAAAAAUUGGCUCAGGCUUUACUGGAGCAAGGAGGAAGGCUGUCUUCUUUCUACCACCAUGAGGCAGGUGUCGCAACUCUCAGCCAAGACCCACAAAGGAUUUUGAAGCCAGCUGAAGGGAACCCAACUGAUCAGGCUGGUUUUUCUGAAGACAGAGAUUUUGGUUACAGUGUGGGCCUGAAUCCUCCAGAGGAGGAAGCUGUGACAUCCAAGACCUGCUCGGUGCCCCCUAGUGCCACCGACACCUACAGAGCUGGAGCGACUGCAUCUAAGGAGCCGCCCCUGUACUAUGGGGUGUGUCCAGUGUAUGAGGACGUCCCAGCGAGAAAUGAAAGGAUCUAUGUUUAUGAAAAUAAAAAGGAAGCAUUGCAAGCUGUCAAGAUGAUCAAAGGGUCCCGAUUUAAAGCUUUUUCUACCAGAGAAGACGCUGAGAAAUUUGCUAGAGGAAUUUGUGAUUAUUUCCCUUCUCCAAGCAAAACGUCCUUACCACUGUCUCCUGUGAAAACAGCUCCACUCUUUAGCAAUGACGGGUUGAAAGAUGGUUUGUGCUUGUCGGAAUCAGAAACAGUCAACAAAGAGCGAGCGAACAGUUACAAAAAUCCCCGCACGCAGGACCUCACCGCCAAGCUUCGGAAAGCUGUGGAGAAGGGAGAGGAGGACACCUUUUCUGACCUUAUCUGGAGCAACCCCCGGUAUCUGAUAGGCUCAGGAGACAACCCCACUAUCGUGCAGGAAGGGUGCAGGUACAACGUGAUGCAUGUUGCUGCCAAAGAGAACCAGGCUUCCAUCUGCCAGCUGACUCUGGACGUCCUGGAGAACCCUGACUUCAUGAGGCUGAUGUACCCUGAUGACGACGAGGCCAUGCUGCAGAAGCGUAUCCGUUACGUGGUGGACCUGUACCUCAACACCCCCGACAAGAUGGGCUACGACACACCGUUGCAUUUUGCUUGUAAGUUUGGAAAUGCAGAUGUAGUCAACGUGCUUUCGUCACACCAUUUGAUUGUAAAAAACUCAAGGAAUAAAUAUGAUAAAACACCUGAAGAUGUAAUUUGUGAAAGAAGCAAAAAUAAAUCUGUGGAACUGAAGGAGCGGAUCAGAGAGUAUUUAAAGGGCCACUACUACGUGCCCCUCCUGAGAGCGGAAGAGACUUCUUCUCCAGUCAUCGGGGAGCUGUGGUCCCCAGACCAGACGGCCGAGGCCUCUCACGUCAGCCACUAUGGAGGCAGCCCCAGAGACCCGGUGCUGACCCUGAGAGCCUUCGCAGGGCCCCUGAGUCCAGCCAAGGCAGAAGAUUUUCGCAAGCUCUGGAAAACUCCACCUCGAGAGAAAGCAGGCUUCCUUCACCACGUCAAGAAGUCGGACCCGGAAAGAGGCUUUGAGAGAGUGGGAAGGGAGCUAGCUCAUGAGCUGGGGUAUCCCUGGGUUGAAUACUGGGAAUUUCUGGGCUGUUUUGUUGAUCUGUCUUCCCAGGAAGGCCUGCAAAGACUAGAAGAAUAUCUCACACAGCAGGAAAUAGGCAAAAAGGCUCAACAAGAAACAGGAGAACGGGAAGCCUCCUGCCGAGAUAAAGCCACCACGUCUGGAAAAAGACGAGUGCACAUCAGAAUACUGGUGUAUAUCAGACACCAGGGCACAAAGCGCCUCGCACGGUGCGUAUCAGACACCAGGACGCAGAGCGCUUCACACAGUGCAUAUCAGACACCAGGACGCAGAGAGCUUCACACGGUGCAUUUCAGACACCAGGACGCAGAGCGCUUCACACGGUGCAUAUCAGACACCAGGACGGAGAGCGCUUCACACGGUGCAUAUCAGACACCAGGACGCAGAGCGCUUCAGACAGUGCAUAUCAGACACCAGGACGCAGAGCGCUUCACACGGUGCAUAUCAGACACCAGGACGCAGAGAGCUUCGCACGGUGCAUAUCAGACACUAGGACGCAGAGAGCUUCGCACGGUGCGUAUCAGACACCAGGAUGGAGAGCGCUUCACACGGUGCAUAUCAGACACCAGGACGCAGAGCGCUUCACACGGUGCAUAUCAGACACCAGGACGCAGAGCGCUUCAGACGGUGCAUAUCAGACACCAGGACGCAGAGAGCUUCGCACGGUGCAUAUCAGACACUAGGACGCAGAGCGCUUCGCACGGUGCAUAUCAGACACCAGGACGCAGAGCGCUUCGCACGGUGCGUAUCAGACACCGGGACGCAGAGAGCUUCGCACGGUGCGUAUCAGACACCGGGACGCAGAGAGCUUCGCACGGUGCGUAUCAGACACCGGGACGCAGAGAGCUUCGCACGGUGCGUAUCAGACACCGGGACGCAGAGAGCUUCGCACGGUGCGUAUCAGACACCGGGACGGAGAGCGCUUCACACGGUGCGUAUCAGACACCGGGACGCAGAGCGCUUCAGACAGUGCAUAUCAGACACCAGGACGCAGAGCGCUUCACACGGUGCAUAUCAGACACCAGGACGCAGAGAGCUUCGCACGGUGCAUAUCAGACACUAGGACGCAGAGAGCUUCGCACGGUGCGUAUCAGACACCAGGAUGGAGAGCGCUUCACACGGUGCAUAUCAGACACCAGGACGCAGAGCGCUUCAGACGGUGCAUAUCAGACACCAGGACGCAGAGAGCUUCGCACGGUGCAUAUCAGACACCAGGACGCAGAGCGCUUCGCACGGUGCGUAUCAGACACCGGGACGCAGAGAGCUUCACACGGUGCGUAUCAGACACCGGGACGCAGAGCGCUUCAGACAGUGCAUAUCAGACACCAGGACGCAGAGCGCUUCACACGGUGCAUAUCAGACACCAGGACGCAGAGAGCUUCGCACGGUGCAUAUCAGACACUAGGACGCAGAGAGCUUCGCACGGUGCGUAUCAGACACCAGGAUGGAGAGCGCUUCACACGGUGCAUAUCAGACACCAGGACGCAGAGCGCUUCACACGGUGCAUAUCAGACACCAGGACGCAGAGCGCUUCAGACGGUGCAUAUCAGACACCAGGACGCAGAGAGCUUCGCACGGUGCGUAUCAGACACCGGGACGCAGAGAGCUUCACACGGUGCGUAUCAGACACCGGGACGGAGAGAGCUUCGCACGGUGCGUAUCAGACACCAGGACGCAAACACAAAGCACUUCACACGGUGUAUUUCAAACACCAGGACGCAAAGUGCUUCCAAAGCACAGGUGCACUGAAUGGAAAGAUCAUGAUGGAAGAGGUUAAUCUACAAAAUCUAAAAGUGAUUCAUAAAAACAUCAACGAUGGCCGGGCACGGGAGCUCACGCCUGCAAUCCCAGCGGCCGGGCGCAGCAGCUCACACUGUAAUCCCAGCACUUAGGGAGGCCAACGUGGGUGGAUUGCUGAAGCCCAGGAGUUCGAAGGCAGCUUGAGCAACAUAGCAGCAAUUCCAUUUCCGUGAGGGCGUUUCUAGAUGAAGAUGACAUGAGCUUGGAAGAAAUAAAAAAUCGGCAAAAUGCAGCUCGAAAUAACAGCCCGCCCACAGUCGGUGCUUUUGGACAUACGAGGUGCAGCACCUUCCCCUUGGAGCAGGAGGCAGACCUCAUAGAAGCCGCCGAGCCGGGCGGUCCACACAGCAGCAGAAAUGGGCUCUGCCAUCGUCUGAGUCACAGCAGGACCCUGGCGGGCAAGAGACCAAAGGCCCCCCGUGGGGAGGAAGCCCGUCUGCCAUCUGUCUCUGAUUUGACUGUUGCGUUUGAUAAACUGAAUUUGCAAAAUGUAGGAAGUAGCGUUUCCAAGACACCAGAUGAAAAUACAAAAACUAAAGAUCAGAUCCUGACUUCAAGAAUCAAUGCAGUAGAAAGAGACUUGUUAGAGCCUUCUCCCGCAGACCAACUCGGGAAUGGCCACAGGAGGACAGAAAGUGAAAUGUCAGCCAGGAUCGCUAAAAUGUCCUUGAGUCCCAGCAGCCCCAGGCACGAGGAUCAGCUCAAGGUCACGAGGGAACCGGCCAGGCGGCUCUUCCUUUUUGGAGAGGAGCCGUCAAAACUCGAUCAGGAUGUUUUGGCCGCUCUUGAAUGUGCAGACGUUGACCCCCAUCAGUUCCCGGCCGUGCACAGAUGGAAGAGUGCUGUCCUGUGCUACUCACCCUCGGACAGACAGAGUUGGCCCAGUCCCGCGGUGAAAGGAAAGUUCAAGUCUCAGCUGCCAGAUCUCAGUGGCCCUCACAGCUACAGUCCAGGGAGAAACAGCGUGGCUGGAAGCAACCCCGCAAAGCCGGGCCUGGGCAGUCCUGGGCGCUACAGCCCCGUGCACAGGAGCCAGCUCCGCAGGAUGGCGCGCCUGGCUGAGCUUGCCGCCCUGUAGGCUUGGCGCUGGGCUCUCGGUUUGUUCUUCAUUUUUAAAGAAGGAAGCGUCAUAUGUUUAUUGCUAAACUGUCAAAAAGGAAUAUAUUCUGAUUAAAUUAUUACUCCUCA